UGUUGUGCGGCAUCUCCAGAAAUUGUCCAAGUAUCUGCAGACUACAGGACUUUCCUUAGCUGAUGCUUAUAAUCGAGUGGCUGCAACCAAGACAGUCCUGCUGAAUAUGAUGGGCAGAUUUUGGGGACAAAGAAGUGUUCACCUUAGUAAACUAUUUCUCAACACAGCUACAGAAUGUGGCUAAGGAUAUCUCCAUGGAGGAUUACAUGGACGAAUGGCAGAUUCUGCGAUCUCUGGUGUACAAGAGGUACGCUACUGAGCUGCAAAGUGGGACUCUGACAUUGGAAAAAGUUCUUAAGGGUUUGGCAAGUCAGAAACUGAAUAAUGUCACCCGGGUGCUGGAUCUCUUGGGCUCAUUACCACCAACAUCCGUGAAAAAUGAGACCACGUUCAGUGCAAUGAAGCUCAUCAAAACCAAAAGAAGGGGGAGACUUAAUGACGAUACCCUGAAUGACCUAACGGUAGUUGUCCUUGAAUCUCCAGAUAUUGAACAGUUCAAUCCAGAUCCAGCAAUCCAAUACUGGAUGAUGACCCCCUCUGGCAGGAAAAGGCGACUUCAGUAUGAGAGGGCUGCCACUACCACUCCCCAGCAACCUGUUCCAGUCGUGGAUACCAUUGUGAAUCUGGCGGCAGAAGUUCAGGAGGAUCGCCAGAUAACCAGUGAUACUCAGGAGGACAGUCAGCAGGUCAGUCAGGAGGAGGUCAGUCAGCAGGAGGACAGUCAGCAGGAGGUCAGUCAGCAGGUCAGUCAGCAGGAGGUCAGUCAGCAGGAGGUCAGUCAGCAGGAGUUCAGUCAGGAGGAGGUGAUGAAUCCAGCCUUUCUAUUUGACAAAUAUGAUGCUGAUGAUGGUUAUUCCUCAGAUGAGUCAGAGUGUGACAUGAGUGAGGAUUAUGUCACCUCGAUGCUUGAAAUGUUCUCUCGUGAAUAAAAUGUAUAAUGAACCAAAAUAAAAAGAAAAGAACCUUG